AAGAACUAUAAUGACAUAAUAAUAAUAUAAGACCUAAGAGGUUAUAUAUCAUUUAGAUAUGUGAUAUGAUGUAUAUCAUCCACUGAGAACUACAGAAAUCAUGAACGACCAAUGAAUAUCAACGUGAUCAAUUGCAGUAAAUUAUUUGCAUUUGUUCUGAAAAUAACUCAUUUGAAUUUGUCCUAGACAUUGUUUCUUCUAUGAAAAGGUAUAACACAGGAUGUGGCACCUGGUUUUGAUAUCAAGAAUAGCUGAAGCUUCUUUAAAAACUUCUGGUAAAGCUGAAGAGCACUCUGUAUGUGCAGAAUCACAGCAAGAGCAUGAAAGGUCAUGGAUUUAGAUUCAUAUUUCUUUGAAUAUGGAUCUUAAUAUUUCACUUUUACAGGCAAGGAUAUUCAAAAUGACAACUGGGACGCACAUAUGGAGGCAUUUUCAAAAAGUGUAAAAACAUUUGUAAUUCUUUUUAACAAGGCCAGCUAUGCAAUUAUUAGGUCAUUAAAUCCAAUUAACAUAAUGAAUUGCGAAUGAAUCGUCUAGAGCUUGCAUGUAGUUUCAUUACAGUACCCAGUUUAUGAAACACCUUUGUCUAUUAAUGCUAAUUAAUUAUGAAUGCACUUUAAUUAGUAUUAAUAAUUAAACACAAAACCAUUCUAACAGUUUUAAAAUUCAGCAUAAACAUCUGUAAUGUAAAGACAGAGCCAUUACGUCUAAACAGAGCACCCAGCGGGACAAUUACACUCUUGACUCAGUGUUUGUCAGAGCAUUAACCCUGUCUGGGUGGCACUAAUGUGUCAUUAAGUGGCUGCUGCAUCCUGUUUACCAACAGUAGACGUCUUGUCACACACUGAGCAAACUGUAAAAAAAAAAAAAAAAAAAAAAAAGCCUGCCACCUGUAAGCCACUAAGAACUACUUCUACGCAUUGGUUUCACAUUCUUUAUCUCAAACACACAGGUGUGAAUACUAAUGACUCAAUGAUGGUGUUGAACUGUGGUCUCUGUUUGAACAUAUAGAGAGUGAGUUGUUUUAAAGUAGGAAACAGCUUAAUCCUCCCUGAGAAUGAAGCAGGUGUUGAUGUUUUAUGUAUAACCCUAUUAGGACAGCAUAUGAGACAGACUUGGCUCAUGGCCUAACAAUCUGACAAACAUAAAUAAUCAAAAGCAGCCUGAAGUCUGGGAGUGCAGGCAUUUGUUCUGUUCCAAAACCAAGUGAAGAAUUUCUUUCUACUGUAGAAGACAAACUCUACUGAAAUCAAUCUGCUGUAUGAAGUGAUACUUGUGGUUCAUGUGGAACUGCAUCAUGCUCAUGAAUGUUCCAGAUCAGUUCCAUAAUGGUUUUAGUUGCUAUGUUUGUUAGCAGUUUGUGCAAGACAGUGGCUACAAAAUUCAUUCAGGUCUGUGUGUAAUUUACCUAUUCAAACAUAUUCAUAACAUGAUAUAGUUCACCAAAAUAAAUACUGAAAAAGUGUGGGGUUGUAAGAAAGAAGUAUCUUAUGCUCACAGAUAUUUUAUCAUUAUGACCACCUUCCUAAUAUUGUGUUGGUCACCCUUUUGCUGUCAAAACAGCCCUGGCCCGGUUUCCCCAAGGUUUCCCAGCAGAACAUUUCCCAAAGCAUCACACUGCCUCCACCGGCUUACCUUCGUCCCAUAGUGCAUCCUGAUCCCAUGUGUUCCCCAGGUAAGCGACGCACACGCACCCAGCCAUCCACGUGAUGUAAAAGAAAACAUGAUUCAUCAGACCAGGCCACCUUCUUCCAUUGCUCCGUGGUCCAGUUCUGAUGCUCACGUUCCCACUGUUGGUGCUUUCGGCGGUGGACAGGGGUCAGCAUGGGCACCCUGACUGGUCUGCGGCUAUGCAGCCCCAUACGCAACAAACUGCGAUGCACUGUGUAUUUUGACACCUUUCUUUCAGAACCAGCAUUAACUUCUUGGGGUAAUUUGAGCUAAAGUAGCUCGUCUGUUGGAUCGGACCACACGGGCCAGCCUUCACUCCCCACGUGCAUCAAUGAGCCUUGGCCACCCAUGACCCUGUCGCCGGUCCACCACUGUUCCUUCCUUGGACCACUUUUGAUAGAUACUGACCACUGUAGCCUGGAAACACCCCACAAGAGCUGCAGUUUUGGAGAUGCUCUGUCCUAGUCGUCUAGCCAUCACAAUUUGGCCCUUGUCAAACUCACUCAAAUCCUUACGCUUGCCCAUUUUUCCUGCUUCUAAUACAUCAACUUUGAGGACAAAAUGUUCACUUGCUGCCUAAUAUAUCCAACCCACUAACAGGUGCCAUGAUGAAGAGAUAACCAGGGUUAUUCACUUCACCUGUCAGUGGUCAUAAUGUUAUGCCUGAUCGGUGUAUUUUAAAAUUUAAUUUAGGGGCCAUUUACACAACACCGUUUUCGACUAAAAACCAAAAACUUUUUAUGCGUUUUGGAAAUGCCAUUGUCGUCAUUUACACGACAAUGGCAUUUCUGUGGCCUGAAAAUGCAAACUUUUAAAAACGGAUUUCAAAGUGCAAGUUUUUGAAAACGGUCUCCGUGUAAACAAAAACGCGAAUUUGUGAAAACGAUGACGUCACGCACAUGCGCAUUACAUGUACAGUCUAUAGUGUUUCAUCGCCAUCUAAUGGCCGGACAGCAGAAUACAGCGUUUUUAGUCAUUUUCAUGGAUUUGUAUGUAUGGGGAUCGUUUUGACAAUGGUAUCGUCUGUACGCGGAAAACUCAAAGGAAAAACUUCUCCGUUUUAAACAUAUCGUUGUCGUGUAAACGUACCCUCAAUCCUGUAAUGCAAAGCUGAAUUUUCAGCAGCCAUUACUACUCCAGUCGUCAGUGUCACGUGAUCGUUCAGAAAUCAUUUGGUGCUUGAGAAACAUUUCAUAUUAUUAUCAACUUGAAAACAGUUGUGCUGCUUCAGGAUUCUUUGAUGAAUAGAAAGUUCAAAAGAUAAGCAUUUAUUUGAAAUAAAAUUUUUGUAACAUUAUAAAUUACUUCACUGUUACUUUUGAUUAAUGUGUUCUUGUAUUCAUUUCUUUAAAAAAUGAAUUACUAAAACAAAAACACAUUUUUAACAGCAAUGGAUAGAUCAAAAUGUGAAAGUUUCUUUAAGUAAUGUCUGAACAACUCUAUGUAAAUUUGUAUAGCUUUCACUAUAUUGUCCCAAAUUAAAUAUAUUUCAGAUCCUCUGAGCAGUUUGAAUUUUAACUCUUGUUCCAACUAGAUUGAUCAGUUCUAUGUGAUAAAUUCCUCCGCAGGUUCAGUGGAAACUUGUUCUGCUCCUUUUCAGAGAACGGCCUGACUCGCUGACCUUACCGAGGUUAAUAAUAUACUCUGGCAGUGUGGACACAGGAUGCUGAAAAUGCCUGGGCACACACUCUACUCCAUUUGCCCGGAUUAUUCACUCAUUUCCAAACAAACUGGGAAUUAUAAAGCACCUCAAGGUUGUGUGUGCAGGCCUCAAAGUGCAGGUGGUGUGUUUCUUGCUUUACCCCUGCACUCUGGAUGUGUGUUUUGAUUUAUGGCAUAGAGGAGGAUGUGGCUCCAUGACCUCAGCCCCUGACCCCAGGUCGUCUCAAUAAAACGGACUGCACAUAACAAUCAAUUUCUAAUCAUAACCAAAGAGUUAGAGUAAGCUCUGACCUAUGCAUUAUUCAGUUGAGGGACAAGGGCAAGCAAUGAAAACCCCUACGCACAAACCAUGAAUAUUUAACACGGAUCCCUUCUACCAAUCUACAGUGAUGCUUCUCUGUAACCACAGUGAUUAAACAACAUGUAGGAACAAGACACAAAAAAAAAAAAAAAAAAAAAGAUUGCGUAGGAGUAUAUUUAUUCUCUUUACCUUCAAUCAUCACUUACACUUGUGCUGGGAACAUGUCUGACUCUCUGUUUCACAACAACUGCUUGAGAGUAAAUCAAUAACAACAGACUGAACAAGAGUCAUGCAAAUCAUUAUUUUCAGCCAGAGAGUCUGUGAGGCACAUGUCUGGAAAAAAGCACACGCUGUUCAGUAAACCAUUUAAGAAAAACUCCAUCCUGCAUCUGCCAAACUCAUCAACAUCAUUUAUUUUUUCCAUGAUGAAAUCUAGGUUUGAUUUAAAAGUAACAACCAACCUAGAAAUAAAAGACUUAAAAGUGCAAUAUGUAAUAUUUUCUGUCCACUAGAGGCCUAUUCAAAGGCGUAGCUUGAUGACGCCAAGUUUGAGCACAGAAUCUUGGGACAUGUGGUCUUCACCUCAACGGCCGGUGAAAAAGAAUUGGGAUAGGACUCGGGAAGAAAUCAUGUUCAUGGAUGCGAUUAUUAACGUUACUGUAGUAUGAAGCAGAGCAGGACCGAGAGUUGUGGGAGCUGAACGAGGCCGCUGGCGCGAUUGCGCAACACUUUAUUAUGCCACAGUCGCCGGCGCCGCUUCCGCUUUUCCGGUCAUGAGUAUGAGACGCUUGAGCGUUGGACAGGCAGAGACUCGGAGCGCCGGUCACUUACAUCAACAGAAGACCUGCAGCUUGCUGCUGCUGUUUGACUGUGACAUAGGGCUGAGAAGAGCACUUCAGAUCAAACUGAUGGAAUAUGACAGUUUAUAGAAACACGUGUGGAUUCACAGAGACAUGAAACACGGAGCCCCUGGGAGAGGGACUGCAGUGUCUUGUGUGAACCAAACUCUAUCUGACCACUUCCUUACAGAUGACCAGUGAUGGCCACAGCAUCAGACUCAGCGGACGACGCAGUGGAUCCAGUCGUGUCUAAACACACUUCGAGGAUAACACUGUCUAUUGUCCUGGUGACCAUCAUUAUAUUGACUGCGCUUGGUAAUUUGCUUGUGAUGGUGGCUCUCUGUAAAGACAGACAGCUAAGAAAGAAGAAGACCAACUUCUUCAUCGUAUCCCUGGCAUUUGCAGACCUUCUAGUUGCCCUUGUUGUGAUGCCCCUGGCAGCCAUAGAGUUGACCACAGGUCAAUGGAGUUAUGGAGAGACGUUCUGCUUGAUCCGUACCUCACUGGACGUGCUGCUAACCACAGCAUCUAUUCUGCAUCUGUGCUGCAUUGCACUAGACAGGUACUAUGCGAUUUGCUGUCAGCCUCUGGUCUACAAUAACAAGAUGACACCUGUGAGAGUCUCAAUGAUGCUGGUUGGAUGUUGGGUCAUCCCCUUUUUCAUCUCCUUCCUUCCCAUCAUGCAAAGCUGGAAUACCAUUGGAAUCGAGAGCUUUAUCGAACAAAGAAACUCUUCCCGCAAUUCAACUUGUGUGUUCAUGGUGAACCGACCCUAUGCCCUGGUGUGUUCGGCCGUGGCUUUCUAUGUGCCUCUGGUGCUGAUGGUUCUCGCCUAUCAGCGAAUCUACGUCACCGCUAUGGGUCAUGCUCGGCGAAUCGGCUCGCUGCAUCGGGCCGGCUCGGCCCCUUCUUCAACUUACCCUAACCAUGAUCAACACGGAUCCAGUCGCAUUAAGAAUGAAACCAAGGCGGCCAAGACGCUGGCCGUCAUUAUGGGCUGCUUCUGUCUAUGCUGGGCACCCUUCUUCAUCACCAAUGUGGUGGAUCCCUUCAUUAAUUACAGCGUGCCCUGGCAGAUGUGGACUGCUUGGCUCUGGUUGGGUUACAUCAACUCGGGCUUGAAUCCAUUCCUCUAUGCUUUCCUGAACCGGGCUUUUCGGAGAGCCUUCCUUAUGAUCCUGUGCUGUGGGGAUGAGCACUAUGCCCGGCAGGAGGGCUUUAGUCCGAGCAGACGGCACUCAGAGUCUGUCAAUGGAACCUCCAUUUCUCUCAGAUUGUCAUUUCUUCAAAACCGAAGAUACAGCGACAAUUCCAACCGAUUUCUGUCGAGUGAGCUGGAAUCACAGGAGUCUGUUGGUGCAUCAUAGCCAAGAUUUCAGAAGCCUACAAAUGCAGUUUGAUGAGAACAUACAGAUAACCGCCUACAUAUGUGUCAAAUCAAGAGACUUCAUUGCAGUUUGAUUUUUGAUGGGUUUUCACCUUCAGUGAUAAAUAAAGAUUAUUUAUAGGCCUAUUUCACACAGAACUUCUACAGUGUGUGAGGAAGAUGUUAGCAUGCAGGCAUUUUAUCAGAUGAAAGCAAACAAAUAAUAUGCCCAGGAAUGUUCAAGGAAAUAGUUAAAGAUUGAAACAAAAAGUUAAAGGCAAAGACAACUGCUCUAUAAAGCGAUUUCUUCAUCCCCUUGAACAGUUUUCAAGCUAUAUGGGGUUGUCAACUUACUGCUUCUCAUUUCAAGCUAUAUGGGGUUGUCAAUUUACUGCUUCUCAUGUAUGUAGUUCUCAUCUUUCAAAUCAGGAGGAACACAUCUGCUUUGGCUGUAAAGGCUAACAAUGACAAAUAUAUGCAGUUGAAAGUGGCCUGUCAUUUAAGCAUGUGGUUAUUCUUGCAUACAGUGAACCUAAAAUGCUCAUUUUCAGACUGAGUUGAUACUCCCUCUUUAUUCAACAAGGUAUUUAUGUUGUACAUGUACAGUUUUGACUUCUGUGAAAAGAAGCAGUGGCUUGUCACUGUGUGACAUUUGUACUUUUAUUGUAUCACUGUGUAAUCGAACUGAAUUUAAUGUACAGUGUAUCUGGAUGAUGAAUCUAAAAACUGUUGUCAAAGUUUCAUAAAACUGCAUAAAAAC